AUGGCCUAUCAAAGUCGACCUCCUGAACAAGCUCCAUUAGAAUUUCCUUAUAUUGGUGAUGUAAAUCAAUAUGAACGUAUUGAUAAAAUUGGUCAAGGAACAUUUGGAGAAGUAUUUAAGGCUCGUUGUAAAAAGACAAAUGAUUUUGUUGCUAUGAAAUUAAUUUUAAUGGAUCAAGAAAAAGAAGGUUUCCCAAUAACAGCAUUACGUGAAAUUAAAAUUUUACAAGAACUUCGACAUGACAAUAUUGUUCGUCUUAUUGAAGUUUGUCGAUCAGCAAUGGAUAAAUCUUCUCGUAGUAAAUUUUAUUUUAUAUUUGAAUUCUGUGAUCAUGAUCUAGCGGGUAUAUUACGAAAUCCUAAUGUUAAAUUUAGUCUUGGUCAUAUUAAAUCUAUAAUGCAGCAAUUAUUAGAUGGUCUAUAUUUUAUUCAUAAAAAUCAUAUUAUUCAUCGUGAUAUUAAAUCAGCAAAUAUAUUAAUAACACGUAAUGGUGUACUUAAACUUGCUGAUUUUGGUCUAGCGAAAGUGAUAACACCACCAAAACCUAAUCAUCAAAAUCGAUAUACAUGUCGAGUUGUUACUCUAUGGUAUCGUCCACCGGAAUUAUUAUUAGGUGAACGUGAUUACGGUCCGGCUAUUGAUAUGUGGGGAGUUGGAUGUAUUUUUGCAGAAAUGUGGAUUCGUUCUCCUAUAAUGCAAGGCACUACUGAACAACAUCAACUUGAAUUAAUAUCUCAUUUAUGUGGUAGUAUAGAGCCAAGUGUUUGGCCAGGUGUGAAUAAAUUACCAUUAUAUACAAAAUUAAAAUUACCACAAAAUGAACGUCGUAAAGUUCAUGAUCGAAUGAAACCAUAUAUACAAGAACCAUUAGCACUUGAUUUAAUUGAUAAAUUAUUAACAUUAGAUCCAAAACAACGUAUUGAUGCAGAUAAUGCUGUUAGUUCAGAUUUCUUUUAUUCUGAACCACCAUUAGCUGAUUUAAAACCACUUUUAUCAAAAUAUCCAUCGAUGUUUGAACUUAAAGAAGUUUCACGUAAUGCAUAUAAUCCACAAAUGCAACAACAACAACAACAGCAACGUAUAAAACAAGCACGACCAAAUGUACCUAAUUUACCAUCAGAACCAAUUUAUUAG